GGUUUAGACUCAUCCCAUCCUUGCCUGGGCUCUGUGAACAGGGAACGCAAGCAUGGAGAAGGAGUGGAGAUUACUUGGUUUCCUUGUUCUGUCAUUAUGUUUUCUUGUCAGCAAUGGCCAAAACAUUGUCUGUACACAGAACACAGUGGCUGACAUUGUAUUCCUGGUGGAUGGCUCAAACAGUAUUGGGCGGGCGAACUUCCAACAAAUCCGUGAAUUCCUCUCCUCGCUCGUAGAGAACUUUGAAGUUGCUCCUGACAGAAUCAGGAUCGGUUUGGUCCAGUACAGUGACACACCGUAUACUGAAUUUUCGCUCAGCACUUACCAGAACAAAGAGGAAAUUCUCAGGUACAUCCAAAAUCUUCGUUAUAUAACUGGCGAGACGUUUACCGGCAAGGGUUUGGAGUUCAUGCUGAAACAACACUUUGUUGAAAAGGCCGGAAGUCGAGCACAGCAGAAUGUUCCUCAGAUUGCCAUUGUUAUCACAGACGGUGACUCUCAAGAUGAGGUCGAGUCACAGGCUCAGGAGCUGAGGCAAAGGGGAAUCAAAAUGUUCGCCAUUGGGAUCAAAGAUGCAAACGAGACGUUACUGAGACAGAUCGCGAGCGAGCCGUAUGAUCAGCACGCCUACAGCGUAUCAGACUUUGCAGCUCUGCAGGGAAUCUCUCAGAGUGUAAUCCGGAAAGUGUGUACCGCUGUAGAGGAAACACAAAAAGAGGUCAUCCUGAUGUCAAAAGGCUGCGACGAAACUGCUCAGGCAGACAUUGUGCUCCUUGUGGACUCGUCUGGUAGCAUUGGAGACAGUCAUUUUAAAGAAGUGAGGGAGUUCCUCCAUUCUUUUGUGGACAGUUUUAACCUUAGACCCGACAAGGUGAGAGUGGGACUUGCUCAGUACAGUGACAUGCCGCACAAAGAGUUCCUGCUCGGUGACUAUUCAGAUAAGACAGACCUGCACCAAAAGUUGACUGAUCUCAUUUACCGUGGAGGAAGCACCAACACUGGUCUGGCCCUGACUUUCAUCCGUGAAAAUUACUUUACACUGGCCAGACAGAAUGUUCCUGGCAUUGCCAUAGUCAUCACAGAUGGGGAAUCAAAUGAUGAUGUGGAGGAACCUUCCCAGAGACUACGAAACCUAGGAGUUUCCAUCUUUGUCAUCAGGGUGGGAACGGGCAACAUGGAAAAACUGCGUACCAUUGCUAAUAUCCCACAUGAAGAGUUCUUAUUCAGUAUCGAUAGUUAUCAAGAACUGCAAGUUCUAAAAGAAAGUCUGCGCAACAAAGUGUGCUUUACUGUGACGGUCCAGUCACAAGCUUUUGAGCCAAAAUUUGCUGAUCUCUUAAUAUUGGUUGAUAGUUCAGCAUCUAGACAGGAGCAGCAAACAAUAAAGAAUUUCCUCUCAAGACUGAUCCAGCAGCUCAACGUGGGAAAGAAUACUAAUCGUGUUGGCCUGGCUCAGUUCAGCGAAAAUGUCAAAGAGGAGUUUCUGCUAAAUACUGAUAAGACCAAGAAUGAGAUUUUGUCAUCUAUUCGCAGCCUGACACUGAGACCUACAGGGAAUCGUAGAAUUGGCAAUGCAAUUGAAUAUGCUCAUAAAAAUGUCUUCAGUAAUGUCACUGGAAGCCGUGUCUCUGAAGGCUUUAAGCAGUUUCUGUUAGUUAUUUCAGCUGGAGAAUCUGCCGAUGGUGUGGUCCAAGCAUCCCGCACAAUCAAAACAGAUGCAGUGACAGUUUUUGCUGUUGGCUUGAACAAAGCUGAUGUAGAUGAGAUGAAGUACAUCUCUAGUCAACAACACAGCUACAAGUUAGUAGGUAACAUCCAACAAGUACAACAGAAAAUUAAGUCUGCCAUUGACACAUGGGAAGAUGCUGCUGUCGCAAGGGAGUGCAUGUUUGACGUGGUGGCAGAUAUCGCUUUUAUUGUUGAUCAGUCCGGCAGUAUCAGAUCCAAAAACUUCAAACUUGUGCGCAGUUUUCUCAAGAACACCAUCGGAGCUCUCGAUGUAGGUGAGGGAAAAAUAAAAAUUGCUGUGGUGCUCUAUAGUGACUUCCCUCGAGCUGAUGUGUACUUCAACACCUUCGAUGAUGGUGGCCAGGGCUGCGGCAGCAUUGCGGCGAUCUGGCGUCACUAUAUUUGCGCUUGGUAUUAA